UCCUGUGGCCGUCAGGUCUUUACGGUGUUGAGCCCCCUCCUUCUCCUGGCCCCUGCCUGCAGUUCUCCAGGCUGCAGGACCCAGACUCACUGAAAAGUGCAGGCCUCCUCCCCCUGCAGAAUGACUGUUGCCACAGGCGACCCCUCUGACGAAGCGGCUGCACACCCGGGGAACCCGCAGGACUACGACCCGGAGGCCGACCAUGAGUGUUGUGAGAGGGUGGUCAUCAACAUCUCAGGGCUUCGCUUUGAGACUCAACUCAAAACCCUCUCCCAGUUCCCAGAGACACUGCUGGGGGACCCCAAAAAGAGGAUGCGGUACUUUGACCCGCUGAGGAACGAGUACUUUUUCGACAGGAACAGACCCAGCUUUGACGCCAUAUUGUAUUAUUACCAAUCAGGGGGGCGGCUAAGAAGGCCGGUCAACGUCACCCUUGAUAUUUUCUCAGAGGAGAUUCGCUUCUACGAGCUGGGAGACGAGGCCAUUGAGAUGUUCAGAGAGGACGAGGGUUUCAUCAAGGAGGAGGAGCGGCCUCUUCCUGAUAACGAGUUUCAGAGACAGGUGUGGCUGCUGUUUGAGUACCCUGAGAGCUCAGGUCCUGCUAGGAUUAUUGCCAUAAUCUCUGUCAUGGUCAUCCUGAUAUCUAUAGUCAGUUUCUGCCUGGAGACCCUCCCCAUUUUCCGCAAUGAUGAAGACGAUAUGCACAAGUCUCACGCAAAAGUUUUUUCACCUGAGACCAACACCACAAUCAUCAGCUAUACAUCCACCUACUUCACUGACCCCUUCUUUAUCCUGGAGACUCUCUGCAUUAUAUGGUUCUCCUUUGAGUUUCUAGUGCGCUUCUUUGCCUGCCCCAGCAAAGCGGGCUUUUUUGGUAAUAUAAUGAACAUUAUUGAUAUUGUUGCUAUCAUCCCUUACUUCAUCACUCUUGGCACAGAGCUAGCAGAAAAGCCAGAUGAUGGUCAAGCGGGUCAGCAAGCCAUGUCUUUAGCCAUUCUCAGGGUCAUCCGCUUAGUACGAGUCUUCAGAAUCUUCAAGCUCUCACGUCACUCCAAGGGGCUUCAGAUUUUGGGUCAGACCCUGAAAGCCAGCAUGAGAGAGCUCGGCCUGCUCAUUUUCUUCCUCUUCAUAGGGGUCAUCCUUUUCUCAAGCGCCGUCUACUUUGCUGAAGCAGACGAGCCCGAGUCGCAGUUCGAAAGCAUCCCCGAUGCAUUUUGGUGGGCUGUGGUGUCCAUGACAACAGUCGGUUAUGGUGAUAUGGUCCCAACUACGAUUGGCGGAAAGAUCGUGGGCUCCCUCUGUGCCAUUGCAGGUGUGCUGACCAUUGCCUUGCCCGUGCCUGUCAUUGUGUCCAACUUCAACUACUUCUAUCACCGUGAGACUGAAGGGGAAGAACAGGCGCAGUACCUGCAGGUCAACGUGCCCAAAGCCGAUUCAGCCGAGGAGCUGAAGAAGAGCCGGAGCGGCUCCACCAUCAGUAAAUCAGACUAUAUGGAGAUCCAGGAGGCUGUGAACAACAGCAACGAGGACUUUCAGGAGGAGAACCUUAAGACGGCCAACUGCACACUGGCCAACACAAACUAUGUAAACAUCACCAAAAUGCUCACAGACGUGUAGUCAUCUGCUAUUUCCCUCCCCGUCACAACGGGAAAUGUGGAGCUGAGCAACUGGACAGGACAGGUGUGCAGCCUCCCACCUCACUUGUGCUGGAAAAAUCAAGGCAAUAGAAUUCAGGAUGUUGAUGAUGAUAGACAGCGAAAAAAAAAAUAUUACAACAACAGACCAUCCGCUCACUCCGCGCUCAUCCUGUCUUCACUCCUCACAACUUGCCCUUAAAACUCCUGAUAACUGUCAAACAGAGUGAAAUUUCAAAUUUUGCAUUUCUGCAUGGAGUUGGCUUUGUGUGGCUGUUUUAAAAAAACAAAAACAACUAAAGAUUCCCUGCUCACAACAGUAGCCAACAGUAGUGCAUACAAAGAAAAGAAAAAAGGGAGAAACACAGCAAGAAAAAAAAUUAUUUAUUGCUUUCUAAAAGAAAAAAAGCAACACAACACAAGCCCUGCUUUAGUCCCCCUUCCCUUUGGUCCCUCAUUUCCCAAGGCACACUGCUUUGCCAUGCGCUUUCUGAAGAGCCCUAGUUGCGCGCUACAUAUGCUGCUUCCUGGAGCCAAUGAAACAAAACUGUCUUAUGCUUCACCAUUUAGAAAUAAGAGGAUGUGUGAGCAUAAAGCAAGCCCACUCCUGCGCUGAUAUGGCCUGUGGGUGACUUGUGACGAGGUUGGUGGUUAAGUACACCACGUUAUUUCAAGGAUGAAUGACAGCCAUCAGUGCUAAGCUAAUGGUUCGACACCUUUUUUUUCCCAGCAGGCAUCAGUAUCUGAUGAAUGGCUGAGAAUGGCCUUGACUUUUCACUGCUUUGGUCUUACAUGUACUGUAUGUAUUGCAAUGCAAGCUUUCCCCCUUUCAUUCACCCAAAACUGGUCUUACUGCAGAGCUUUGAGGACAACUUGAAUGUUUCUUCUUGUUUUGUUUGUUUUUCACAGUUUCUCACACACACAUACACACACACACACACACAGACACACGCACACACAGUACUUCUUCAUAUAGAUAGUUACGUUAACAGUGACUUAACUGAUAGCCGGUAGGUAGGCAGGUGCUGUUAGUAGUAAACAUAGUCAGUAGAUUAUUGCAUGACAUUUUUAUCUGAAUGAGAAUUUCCACUUGUUUCUCGACUGCCACUUGCUUCAUCACACCACUGUAUAUUUGUCUGUACACUGCCUUCUAUACAAAUCCACACUUUUAAAAGGAUGCCUGCAGGUAGCUGUUACAAGAACCUAAAGCUGUAUGUUCUUAAGGAAUAAUCAUAAGGUCAAAUCCUACACUUGAUGCGGUGUCCUUGUCAAUAUUAACAUUCCAUGUAGAAGUCAUUGCCGUUAAACUUUUGCCAGGUCGCUGUAAACGCACCGCAGCUGAGCUGUGAUUUCAGGCGUAAACUCACACUCUAGUUUUGGACAUUAAUCCCAGUUGCAGAUGUGAUAGACUUGCAGUGCUGACUUUUUCACAGGUUUGUCAAAUGAUCACGUCCUCAUGAUCAAAAUAGCAUCUUUUAAGGACUCGUGUACGGAAUAACGCUUCCCCCGAACUGCCUUUUAUCUGGGUUUACGCUAUUCUCCUAGUCUUGCAUGACCUCAAAAACAUUCCUAGAAGCAUGCAUUUAAGCUUAAAGAAGAUGCCUCUGAGAAUAAAAAAAGGAUAAUUAUU